AUGGCAAAAGAACAAAUAAAAGUGGUGGUGUGCGGGGAUGAUGGUGUGGGCAAGACGAGUCUCAUAGCAUGCUUGGUAAAAGACCAGUAUAUUCCAAACCUACAGGAUUGCUUGCCGCCCGUCACAGUGCCGCGUGACUUCUCAUCAAGCCCCUACUGUCCUAAGAAUUCGCUUCUAGUAGACACGUCCAACCUCGAUUUGCCCUCAUUGCAUCGAGAGCUGAAAAGUGCCGAUGUGAUUUGGCUUGUCUAUUCGGACCACGAGAGCUACGACCGUGUUGCAUUGUAUUGGAUGAUGAUGUUUCGCUCUCUCGGUGUGAAUUUGCCUGUCAUCCUGUGCAAAAACAAGUGCGACAAUGAUUGGGAGAAUAAUGAAUGCGUUAGUGCAAAUGAAAUUCGGGCUGAGGAUCAAGCAUCAGAUGGCACCAAAAUCGAAGACGAGGAAUUCAUACCAAUUUUACGUGAGUUCAAGGAAAUCGAAACCUGUAUCAAAACAAGUGCCAAGGACAAAAUAAAUGUCAAUCAAGCUUUCUAUCUCUGUCAAAGAGCCAUAACCCACCCUAUAGCGCCUCUUUUUGACGCUCGCGUCGGAGAGUUAAAACCGCUAACCGUCUUGGCACUCAAGCGAAUAUUUCUAUUGUCUGACAAGGACCAGGACGGCUACUUAAACGAUAAUGAAAUCUCAGUUCUGCAAAGACGAGCUUUCGGCAAAACCAUUGAUAUUCAUGAACUCGAAUUCAUCAAAGAAACUUUGCUCAAUCUUUCCACCUCGCCCCAAGAGUACGCUAGCUACAAGCUUUACGUUCCAGGUAAAGGAAUGACCAAAGAUGGCUUUUUAGUGCUGAACAAACUCUACUCUGAGAAGGGGAGACAUGAGACAACAUGGGGCAUUCUUCGUGCAUUUCAUUAUACAGACUCGCUGUCCGUUAACGAUAAAGUGCUGUAUCCGAAAAUGGACAUUCCUGCCACGGCCAGCGUUGAGCUCAGCCCAUUAGGCUAUCGAUUUCUGGUGGAACUUUUCCUGACUUUCGAUAAAGACAACGAUGGUGGACUGAACGACUUGGAACUUGAGUUCCUUUUCAAAACAACGCCUGGGCUUCCUAAACUAUGGACGGAGACCAACUUUCCUUUCUCUACAGUAGUCAACAACCAAGGUUGCGUAACGCUUCAAGGAUGGUUAGCGCAAUGGACAAUGACUACAUUUUUGGACUAUAGGACCACAACCGAAUAUCUUGUCUAUCUAGGCAUCGAGAAGGACGCACGUUUGGCCUUACAAGUGACCAAAUCUAGGAAAAAGCGUAGACGAAAUGGGAAGUUUUACAGAGCGCCCGUAACAGAUCGCAAAGUUUUCAAUGGAUUUGUCAUUGGGAAACCGCACAGCGGCAAAAGUUCCCUUUUGGAAUCAUUCGUCGGCAUGUCAUUUUCUGAACCGUAUACGCCAACGAUAAGACCCCGGAUCGGAGUGAACAGUCUGGAAUUGAAAGGUAGCAAACAGUAUUAUUUGAUAUUGCAAGAAUUUGGAGAACAAGAACCAGCGGUACUGGAAAAUGUGGAGAAGACGAAGAAAUGUGACGUCCUGUGUCUAACAUACGACUCAAGUGAUCCGGAGUCUUUCUCGUACCUGUUCGAUAUCAUGAAUAAACAUAAACAUCUUCUGGAGCUUCCCAUGGUAUUUGUGGCUUUAAAGGCUGAUCUUGACAAGCAGCAGCAAAGGUGUUAUUUGCAGCCUGAUGACUUCACCGAUCAACUUUUUGUGGAUCAUCCAUUGCAUGUAUCGUCAGCAUGGUCCAGCUCAUUAAACGAACUAUUUAUCAAAUUAACGGAGGCUGGACUGGAACCCAGCAGGAACACACCAGGGCUGGCCCCGGACGUGCUGAAAGGAGAUGUGGACUAUUGGCAGUAUGCACUAGUGGCCACUUCGGCCGUGGGUUUCACGUCCCUUUUCACAUUUGCGCUCUUCAAGCUGAUUCGAAGCCUACGCAGUGAGUCCUAA